GCCUCCUCCUCCUCCGCCCCCGCCGCCGCCGCCUCCUCGCAGGCUGGGUUUUCUGUGUAUGUUUCUGGAGUCCGGAGCCUGAGCUAAACAAAAGCAGGAGGCUGACGGGGCCGCGGAGUUUGCGGAGCCGCGGAGGGGGAGAGAGCGGGGCUUCGCCUGCCGGCGGCCGGGGGUCUGGCUCUGGCCACUGCCCACCCCCUGGGAGAUCACUCUGGCCCGGCGUGGGGGCGGGGGCCGCGGGGGGUGGGGGAAAGUUUGCCUGGCCAUCCCCCUGCCGUCCUCUCCUUUCUCCCGAUCCGUGCCUGUUGGCCAAAGGAUUAAGCCACCGACUUCAGCGCCGGGAGCCCCUUUCUGCCCGGCGCCGGAGGUCGGACUGAGAACCCCAGCCGGCUCGGGUUUCCCGUCGCCAAGUGGGAAGGAUCUGAAGGCGGCUGGAAGGAUAAAGCCUCGGUCUCCCGGAGCCGACCGAGGAGCCCGCCGCGAGCCGGCUGCCUGCUUCGGAGAUGGACGAGCAGCCCCGGCUGAUGCACUCCCACGCCGGGGUCGGGAUGGCCGGGCACCCGGGCCUGUCCCAGCACUUGCAGGACGGGGCCGGCGGGGCCGAGGGGGAGGGCGGGAGGAAGCAGGACAUCGGAGACAUCUUACAGCAGAUCAUGACCAUCACCGACCAGAGUUUGGACGAGGCGCAGGCCAGAAAACAUGCUUUAAACUGCCACAGAAUGAAGCCUGCCUUGUUUAAUGUGUUGUGUGAAAUCAAAGAGAAAACAGUGUUGAGCAUCCGGGGAGCCCAGGAGGAGGAGCCCACGGACCCUCAGCUGAUGCGCCUGGACAACAUGCUGCUGGCCGAGGGGGUGGCCGGGCCCGAGAAGGGCGGUGGGUCUGCAGCCGCRGCGGCAGCGGCCGCAGCCUCUGGAGGGGCGGGCUCAGACAACUCGGUGGAGCACUCCGACUACAGGGCCAAGCUGUCGCAGAUCAGGCAGAUCUACCACACGGAGCUGGAGAAGUAUGAGCAGGCCUGCAAUGAGUUCACCACCCACGUGAUGAACCUCCUCCGAGAGCAGAGCCGGACCAGGCCCAUUUCCCCAAAGGAGAUCGAGCGGAUGGUCAGCAUCAUCCACCGCAAGUUCAGCUCCAUCCAGAUGCAGCUCAAGCAGAGCACGUGCGAGGCCGUCAUGAUCCUGCGUUCCCGGUUUCUGGAUGCGCGGCGGAAGAGACGGAAUUUCAACAAGCAAGCCACGGAGAUCCUGAACGAGUACUUCUAUUCCCACCUCAGCAACCCUUACCCCAGUGAGGAAGCAAAAGAGGAGCUAGCCAAGAAGUGUGGCAUCACUGUCUCGCAGGUAUCAAACUGGUUUGGAAAUAAGAGAAUCCGGUACAAGAAGAACAUAGGUAAAUUUCAAGAGGAAGCCAAUAUCUACGCUGCCAAAACGGCGGUUACUGCCACCAACGUGUCAGCCCACGGAAGCCAAGCUAACUCGCCCUCCACCCCCAACUCCGCUGGUUCUUCCAGUUCUUUUAACAUGUCAAACUCUGGAGAUUUGUUCAUGAGCGUGCAGUCACUCAAUGGGGAUUCUUACCAAGGGGCCCAGGUUGGAGCCAACGUGCAAUCACAGGUGGAUACCCUUCGCCAUGUUAUCAGCCAGACAGGAGGAUACAGUGACGGACUCGCAGCCAGUCAGAUGUACAGUCCGCAGGGCAUCAGUGCUAAUGGAGGUUGGCAGGAUGCGACUACCCCUUCAUCAGUGACCUCCCCCACAGAAGGACCUGGCAGCGUGCACUCCGAUACCUCCAACUGAUCUCCCGCCUUCACCCGGCUGACCCCGGGCCCCCUGGGGCAGGGGCCGGGGGAGGGUUUCUCUCCCCACACUGGCGCCGUCAGACGGGGUCGAAGCAAUCGGCAAACACAAUACGAGUCUCCUCUCCUGUCUUCUUUGGGAUGCUCUCUCAGCCAAUCUGGACACUUCUUUAUACUCUCUUCCCUUCGUUUCUGGGUAGACGCGCCCCUCCCUGCCUCCAGCUGUCGGCCUGGCUUCCUGCCCCCUCCCUCUGUCCUAGGCUCCCCGGGUCCCUGCCCUCUAGUACAUCACUGACGGAUACUUUCAACCCUUAGAGGAAUCUGAAAGGAAGCAAAUCACAAAGAAAAUAAUAAAAGCGUUUGUCUGUCUCCACGCUGUGGUUUGGGGAGCUGAGUGCCCUCUGACCSGCUCCUGGUGCUGGCGGCCAGUCCUCCCGUUCCUCUUGUUGCUCUCUCUACCUCUUAGCAGGAAAAGCCACCUGCCCUGCUCCCCCCUCCCGCCUCCUCUGCUCCUCCUGUUCCCUGGGUGCUGGGGACUGUCCUCCGGCCUCCCGUGGAUUCCCAGGCAGGAAGUCCAGGGCAGGGAGGGGUGGGAGCAGCCAGGGAGGGUCCCCUCAGGCUUUGACCCCUCCCCCAACACUUGGUUGCAGAAAGUCUCUAGGACCAUUCAACGUUCAGCCAGCCACCUUCAGUUCCCGCCGCGGACGGGCCUGGUCUGGGCACAGCCAGGACAGCAUCAGUCAGGGGGAGAAGGCUCUGUCCUGCAGCAUGUGAACUGUCCCUUCACACCAGGCACACCAGCACAUGCCAACAGGUGCAGUCUCACCUGCGCUUCCCCCAGACCAUCUGAGCAGAUGCCCACGCUCAGAGCCACCACGCUCUGGCCCGCAAGCCAGGAAGGGCAUUGGCAGUUCUGAGGGUCACUGUCAGGCCAGCAGUGAGCACCUGGUCUCUGGAACCAGCAGGUCCACUGKCAGUGCCCCAGUGCCAUGCAGGACCUCACUGGUGAAGAUCAGUGUCCAGUGGAAGCCUCUACCCGACAGUGAGYUCCUGGGAGCCACAGUCCGCUCAGGAAGUCCUGGAUGGAGGCCGCCGUUGUAGUUGGCUGUCACCUUGGGUGCAGUGUAUUAGCUGUCCUGACUGGACCUGCUCUCCAUCCUGACCUCCUGCCAUGGGUGAGCUUGUUGCUGGCCUGAUUGGAAGAGACCAGAGCCAGGGGAAGGGGUCGGRGCGGUUUCUCCUCCCUGGGAAGGUCUGAGAGAAUAUAGCAGGUGCCAAGAGCUCUUCUCGCAUGUCCCCUGGGCUUGUAUUCUUCCCAGCUGACCUGCCAGCUGACCUCGGGAAGGGGGUUAUGUGGGAGGCGGCAGCCUUGUCUUCACCUGGGACACAGGUGAGAGACUGAGAUUGACGUGCUCACGCCCCAUCCGAGAAGUCGGGGAAGCAGCGUCCCAAGAUGGGCUGGUUCAUCCCACGUAGGGACAACAGUGGUUUUCUUUUCCUAACUUCUGGUCCCUUCAGUCCCCUGUGUCACCACCAGGGUGACAGGGAGUUGGUCGAAGGGGUUUUUGGCUUGUCUGUUGUGCUCUCGGGUUUGGAUUUGGAUUUUGGUCCCUGUGGCUUCCUAGGGGAAAGAAAAGCUUCCGAAUUUAAAGACGAGGGUCUGCUCUGUUAGCUCGUACUUGAAUUCAAUACGUGGCCUUGCAAGUGCUUGUCCCCGCUCCUGGGAGAGGUCAACACCCUGAGGCGAGGACGGCCUGCCCAGGAGGCUGGGGGACUGUGCCUGGCACUAGGUACUAAGUAGGAAGCCUUCUGUGUGCUCUGCAGAACGGGGACGCUGCCCAGGAGGCUUAAGGGUGUGGGCCUUGAAGGAAGUGCAGAGCAGACGCUGGCCAGACGCAGCCAUGCUGGAGGACGAAGGUCAGGAGAGGCUGCCUCUGCUACCCCAUGUCAAGGUCAGAACAGGGCUGACGGACAGGCCUCGGGGCGCCUCGAGGAACUCGGGGUGAGGAUGCCUGGCCGCCGUGUCUCAGGGGCAGGGACAGGGAUAGAUUGAAGGUGCUCACACAGGAGCAAGGCUUGACUGGGGGCCCAGCACAGAGGAGGGCUCCCAAUGCAGAUCAGGUGACUGCCACCAGGGCAGUGAGCAGCUCAGAGCAGAGGCUCACAGAGCUCUUCUCCUGGCAGGAAUCACUGUGCUGACUCCCUGCCCAGCACUUCCCCAGGCCACCUCCCGUCCCACACCCUUUUGAGGUCCCCUCCCAGCCACCRUCAUUUCAGCCUGGUGGCCAGGAGAUCUCCCCACCAGCACAGAGGGGUCUGCCGGCCAGACAGCGUGAGGUGAAGGGCCGCCUGGACCUCAGCUUCCUGGGACACACGCCAGCCAGUUCCGAGACACCAGAUGUCCCCAGGGGUCCUGCCGUUCCUACUGGAGGUGGGGCGUGCCCCUCCCCACAGCAGAUGCCCCCAGAUGGUCCUGGAGGUGGGCCUGCCCACCUGGCCCUGGCACAGCCCSUGGUCCCGGUGCCUGGCCGUCGCCUGGCGGUCCCCAGGCCACGCUCUCUGCAGGUCCCUGUGUGGUGGCGGUUCUACCAGCUGGUGGCCUUUUCCCUCACCCUUCUUUCCCCCACUUUCCUUCUGCUCUUUAUUUUUCUGCCCAGAAAAACCUGACUUCGAUACCAAAAAAGAUGAAACUACAGAAACUCAAAUUUAAAAAAAAAAAACUUAAAAAAAAACAAAAAAAAACUCAAUGAUUCUUUCAGCUUUAUUGACAUAUCCCAUUGUCUCUUGCGACUGUGUCUCAUUCUUUGUAGUAUUGAUGACGAACAUUUGAUAAUGAAUGUUCUUGUAUAUUCAGAUAAAGAAAAAACCAAAAAAGCGGUCUGAAUUUAAUAGUGUUUAUAAUAAAAAUUUUACAGAUGACCCUCAUAGCACGCGAAGCAGGGCGGGGCCGUCCCCUCUUUCUGUGGUGUCGCGCAUCGUUCCUGCAUUUGUUUUUAACACCAAACUACCUGCGUUCCUCGUUUCCCACUUUUCUUUCAUUUCCUUGCAUUUGUGAGUUAGGUCAGGAUGCUAGGAGAGUGUCAUUGUGCACGUCCAUCUCUUGUUUCACGAUGUUUAAAAGUGACAGUAACUCAUUUUGUAAACUAAAAAAAAAAAAAAAGGUUGGAAUAGUGAACUUAAUAGUUACAACCUAACACAUCAUUGUUUAUUAACUUUGAGACCCAGAAAUAAAUUCCUUUCUUUUCUUUAUUCCUGCUCUUUAAAAUGCCAAAAAAAAGAAAAAAGAAAAAGGAAAAAAAAAAAGUUUUUCGUGCUAUUUUCAGUUUGUUUAUUUGGGGGUGGGGGCUUUUUUAAUUGUCAAGAUUAUGAUCUUGCUGUUUUUGUUCCUGAAACCUGUACACAAGGUGAUGUGAAAAGAUGGCAGUGUCCCGUCCCUGUCCCCGAUCUCCUGUGCUUCAGAGUGCAGCUGAGCUGGGGAGCGAGGCGGAAGCCGGGCUCACCUGCGCUUCCAGGCCCCGAGGAAAGCCCAGGACCUGCUGCUCCUUUGGGCUCUUGGAAAACCCGCAGAAUGAGCCCAGGGUCUCUUGACGCUGCAGGCACAGGGUUUUGCCUGGGCUGGUCCUGAGGGCCUCGACCGAGGGCUGGCUUUCUCCGUGAGGUCUUCCAGACAGCCCACGAGGUGCCGUGGGAUGGGCACCAGAGGCCACAGAGAGCAGCCUGGACGCAGAGCCUGGGUCCAGGCUGGCUGCUGGUCCGGAGUCCUGAUUGGGGUGGAGAACUGGUGAGAUACUCAGCCAGACUCAUGCUGUCCUUUCAAGGCUGAGUCUGAGUCCCUGGCAGUGCCCAUCUUGUUGACCUGCGACCUGGACGGCUGCUUAAAAUUGUGCAGCUGGCUCGGCGGGAGCGUUCUUGGUAGUUACAGGAUAGAAGGCAGCACUGGUAACCAGAAGGGAUUACAUCUGAAACAGACCUCACUCAGCAAAUCAGGUGUUCGAGAGCAGCCA